AUGCGCGAAGAAGACAUUGCGCAUUACGUUGAUUUUGGACAUAUUGACAGGAAAGAUUUCGAGAAACGUGGAUUAAAUGAUCAAUACAGUGACCGUUUUACAGAGAGCCAUAAAUAUCACAGUCCUUCCCCGAAUUACAAAGAAAAUAAAAUACUCAGGGAAACUUCAGUUGAUUCAGACUGGGUGCAUCACAUGAUUCAUUUGUUUGAAAAUGCUCCCACGGAAAACUUUGAAAAAGACCCCUUUGUCAGACAGAACACCAGUGCUGGCGAUUGUGAAGAUUUCUAUCCAUCUUUUAAGGAAAAUCUUUACAAAGUGUUAAAUUACUCUUUUAAUGUACCGAAGAAGUAUUUAGAAAUGUUAAAUUUGGAUGAUGCUGGAAUAAAAAAUCUAACAGAAAGCGAUUCGAAUUCACCCUAUCCAGUAAUCGCCGCUGCUGCGUCAUCUAACCACUUCCAUGAAAUACAAGGAUUGAUUCGAGAUUACCACAGAAAUCUUUUACCUAUUUACCCGGAUAUGAAAUUAAUAUUGUUCGACUUGGGACUGAAUGCUAAGCAAUUAAAACUGAUGAAAAAGCAUUGCCGGUGUGAGGUUAGGAAAUUUCCAUUCCAUAUUUUCCCGGAUCAUAUUCGAAUUUUAAGCGGAUAUGGUUGGAAGCCGCUUAUAAUACAACUUCUGUUGCAAGAAUUCGAUUUCGUCAUGUGGACAGAUGCCUCAGUUCGAUUUAAUGGAAGACCCCUUGAUAAACUUUUUCAGGGCGCUAAAGAGGUCGGGGUCCAAGCUAUACCUGGUUGGGGCUCCAUUGCCGUACGAACAAAUCAACGCACAUUCACAGCUCUUGGGGAGGAAAUGUGCUUGUUUGAUUAUCCAGAGUUUGAAGCAACCUGGAUGGCAUUUGUGCGGUCCGAAUUUACUCUUACUGCGGUUAUGAGGCCGUUGGUAUCAUGUGCUUUACAAUACGGAUGUAUGGAUUUUAAAAAUUCAAAAUCUUUUCUCGGAUGUCCCUUGAGGAAAAAGAGAUUUGGUGCUUGUCACAGAUUUGAUCAAUCAGUGAUUGGAAUAAUACUUGCUAGACUGUUUAAUUAUAAAUCACACCUUUGCCAAUUUAUAGUAAAUGGUAUAGGAUCAAUUAAAAGGGGAGAAUAUGUUAAUUAUUUUCCCAAUUCCUAA